GCUCCGUGCAGGUCUUUUGCGGCGCUCGGAGCGUGCGGAUCGUGCCUGCUCGGAGCCAUGGCGUGGCAGCCCAUGGAGAUCAACCCGGAGGUGCUGUCCCGCCUAGGAGUGAGUCCGGGCUGGCAGUUUGUGGAUGUGCUAGGGUUUGAGGAAGACUCCUUAAACUCAGUGCCCAACCCAGCCUGUGCGUUGCUGUUACUCUUCCCACUUACUGCUCAGCAUGAGAACUUCAGAAAAAAGCAGAUUGAAAAACUGAAGGGUCAAGACGUGAGCUCCAAGGUCUACUUCCUGAAGCAGACUGCGAGCAACUCGUGUGGAACGAUUGGCCUUGUGCAUGCGGCGGCCAACAAUCAGGACAAAAUAUCAUUUGAUGAAGGCUCUGCCCUGAAGGCAUUCCUCAGUGCCACAGCGGAUCUCUCUCCAGACGAGAGGGCAAAACGACUUGAAAAUAACAAGGCCAUUCAAGAAGCCCACAAUGCAGUAGCGCAAGAAGGUCAAUGCCGGGUUGAAGAUGAUAAAGUGAACUUCCAUUUCAUUCUCUUUGCCAGCAUAGAUGGCAACCUCUAUGAACUAGAUGGACGGCUGCCCUUCCCCAUAAAUCAUGGGGCUAGUUCAGAUGAUACCUUGCUGAAGGCCUCUGCUAAGAUCUGCCGGCAGUUCACAGAGCGGGAGCAAGGAGAGGUCCGCUUUUCUGCUGUAGCGCUGUGCAAGUCUGCUUGAAGAAGCUGAGGAAGAAACCACCUUGUAGUCCAAAGUUUGAAAGCUUUAGUACUUUGUCCUACGACAAGCUGUUCUGGGUCCCAGUUUAAAAAUUCUCCUGCUGAACCUGUUCUCCUCUCACUUCCACGCACACCACAAGCUUCGGUGGUUCUUGCCCUAAAAUGUUAUGCUUAAAAUUUUCCACACUUCAGUUGUGUCAGAUGUUGGGAGUCUCAACUUGUAACCUUUUCGGAAAUGCUUCCAUAGGGUUUAUUUGACGUGUGCCUCCCAAGUUUCAGUUGUUGUGAUUACUGAAGAAAUCGCAUAAACCUUUUCUGGCUACUCGAAAUGCUGUGUUUUUUUCAGUCUGCUGUCGGACGCGUGGAUGUUAAAAAGUGACAACUGCUAUAAAAUAAAGGAUGAAAUGGGUCAACAA